AUGUUAAUAGCACAAGCAGAUCGACAAAGAUACGAAAGAGAAUUGAGAUCAACUCGUUGGAGUAGUAUACGUCAAGGUGCGAUUUUUGGAAUUUUUUCUGGAUGGCUUGCUCUAGUGUCCUACCUAGUCUAUACAAUUGGUUUUAUCUUUGGUGCUCUUCUUAUGGGUAACGGAAAUCAUAAUAAUUUGAGUAUUAGUGAUAUACUUGUCGUCAUCACCAUCUUUGCACGAUGUUUGAAUUAUUUCAACUUUAUUGGUCCUCACUUUCAAGCAUUUUCAGAAGCUCGAGGUGCUGCAACAGCAGUGUUGCAACUUAUUGACGAGGAAAGGGACACAAGUAUCAAUGAAACAGAUGUAUGGAAAGAGGAUAGCGAAUCAAUUCAUAACAUCAAUGGUGAUAUUGAAUUUGACAAUGUCAGCUUCUUUUAUCCAACUCGACAAGAAACACCCGUUCUGCGUAACCUUUCUCUUAUUGCUCGUUCUGGCCAGACAACUGCUCUUGUAGGCUCAAGUGGCUGUGGAAAAAGUACAUGUCUAUCAAUGUUUCUUCGUUAUUAUGAACCUACAUCGGGUCGAAUUACGAUUGAUGGUCAGCCGAUAACAGACUACGAUGUUCAUCAACUUCGACAAAACAUUGCAGUUGUUAAUCAAGAACCCGUUCUGUUUGGUACAACUAUUUAUGAAAAUAUUCGUUUUGGUAAAGUAAAUUCAACACGAGCAGAAAUUGAAGAAGCAGCACAAGAAGCCAAUGCACAUCAUUUUAUCAUGCAGUUACCAAAUAAAUAUGAAACACUUGUUGGCGAACGUGGUAUACAGUUGAGUGGUGGUGAAAAACAACGUAUUGCAUUAGCUCGUGCUCUUGUCAAACGUCCUACAUUCCUUUUGAUGGACGAAGCAACAAGUGCACUUGAUAAUGUUAGUGAAAAACUUGUUCAAGAAGCGCUUGAUCGAGCAUGCAAAGGUCGUACAACUAUUGUGAUUGCUCAUCGUCUGACUACAAUUCAAAAUGCUGAUCAAAUAUAUGUAUUGGAUAAUGGAAGUGUAAUAGAGCAAGGUACACAUGAGACAUUGAUGGCAAAAGAAGGAGGAAAAUAUCAAACAAUGGUCAAACGUCAACAAAUGGAAAGAAUUGAUGAUGAUCAAGAUGAUAUGAUAAGCAUACAAAAAGCAACAGAAGACGAAGAAAAGUCAAUAUUUGAGCGCUCUCGUUCAUUUAGCGAUAGUCAACUUGUCGAUAUGCACAAAGAAAUUUCAAAGCCAUUGAUACACAGAUUUGUUCUUUUAAGACUAUUAUCAAUGAAUAGUCCUGAAUGGAUCACGAUUUUGAUUGGUUGUAUAGCGUGUAUACUCAAUGGAGCAGCUCAACCAUUGUUUGCUUUUUUACUUGCCGAAAUAAUCCAUGAAUUCAAAUAUUGUUCAACUUCUGAACGACGUCAUCACGUGUUGAUUAGUAGUUUUCUUUUUUUACUUUUGGGUAUUUUCUUAUUAAUUCUUCGUUUCUUUCAAUAUACAGCUUUUGCUAUAGCGGGAUCAAAGUUGAUACAACGCAUUCGUUCGAAAGCCUUUGCAUGCCUACUUCGUCAAGAAGUUGCUUAUUUUGAUCGACCUGAAAAUAGUUCUGGUGCAAUUUGUGUUCGUCUUUCUUCUGAUGCAUCAGCAGUUAAAGAUAUUACUGGCUCACGGUUAGGAGUCAUCUGUGAAGCUACAGCACUAUCAUUUUUUGGUAUCCUGUUUGGAUGUCUUAUAAGUUGGCAAUUAACAUUGAUUGUUUUUGGUGCUGUUGUUAUCCAAUGUAUAGUCACAUCUUCUUGGAAACCUCUAAUACCAGCUUCAGUGACAUAUGGCAUAUUCUGGUCAUUAGAUACAUGGACUUUAGCAUUUGUGUAUUGGCGUGCUGUCAUUCUUAUUGAAAACAAUGAACUCACUUCGGAUCAUAUUAUAAUGGUCUUUUCUUUUGCUGUUUUUUCGCUACAAGCAUUAAAGCUCAUCGGACUGACAUCUAGACGUGUCGCUGAAUCAGUCUCAGCUGCUGACACUUUUUUUGAGUUAUUUGAUCGAAAACCAGCUAUUGAUAAUACAUCUACAGAAGGAAAAGAAUUGAUUGAUUUUCGUGGAGAGAUAAAAUUUGAUCGAGUCAAAUUUAUUUAUCCUACUCGAUCAACAUCUAUUGUUCUUAACAAAUUUCAAUUAAAUAUCAAACCAGGUCAACGUGUGGCUCUUGUGGGUACAUCUGGUUGCGGAAAAUCAACAACUAUUCAACUAUUGGAACGAUUCUAUGAUGUUACAAGUGGUCGAGUACUUCUUGACGGUGUUGAUAUCCGGCUACUAAAUCUUCAUUGGGUUCGUUCUCAUUUUGGUCUUGUUAGUCAAGAACCUAUUUUAUUCGAUUUAACAAUUGCUGAAAACAUAGCAUAUGGAUUAGAAAAUGUUCCAAUGGAAGACAUCAUUGAUGCAGCAAAGAGAGCUAAUGUUCAUCAAUUUAUUGAUCAAUUGCCUCAGGGUUAUGAAACAAUAGUAGGGAUGAAAGGCAGUUUCUUGUCAGGUGGUGAGAAACAACGUAUUGCUAUUGCUCGAGUUCUUCUUCGUCGACCUAAAGUAUUACUCUUAGAUGAAGCUACAAGCGCCAUGGACUCACAUAAUGAACAAGCAAAGGCUCUUGACCAAGCUCAAACCGAAGAUCCUACUCGAACAUCACUCAUUAUUGCUCAUCGUCUUUCAACUAUUCGUUCAUGUGAUUUGAUUUGUGUAAUUGAUAGAGGAUGUAUAGUGGAAAGUGGUACUCAUACAGAACUGACACAACGACGUGGAGUUUAUUAUAAAAUGCUUGCUCAUAAUAAUUUAAGUUGA